GGUGCUCUGACCUUGUUCUCUACACACCUUGCACACCUUUGACAGCUGCACUGUUUCGGCAAUGUUUGUUUACAAAACAAUGGAGCAGCUGCAGGGCGAAGAUGCUGCUACCACGUCCUGUCCAAUGGAGUCGUACUCGACCGCACCGCAAACAGCCGUCCUGCACCGCUUCUGCCGGCUGUGCAUGCGAGAGUUCCCGUUUCUGCUGCCGUUCAAUGCUACACUCAAAGAAAUCGCGCUAGCCGACAUGCUGGAACGACUGCUGGGUUCGUUCAAGCUAAAGCAAACGCCCAAUCUACCGAACGGCGUCUGCUCGCACUGUAUCGCGAAGCUGGACUACGCGUACCACGUACAGAAGGAGCUGGUGCGGAACGAGCAGCGCUUGCGGCAUUUCCAGCAGGAGGGAAAUUUGUUGCAGAAAUUGUUUGAAUAUCAAGCUAACAUAACAGUGACCAAAGAGGAUGGGGGCGGUGAUCGAAUGGUGGCGGGGUAUGGCAGUGGACUGCUGCCGGAGACGAUCCAGCUCGAUCCGAAGCAGGACGUACCGGAUAUGGCCGAUGCGGAGCAGCGCGCGGCAGCUGCGUACAAAACGCUGGUACCGCCGGGCGGCUGGGCUGUAAUGGAGUGCGAUUGUCCGGAGAAAUCGAUGGCCGCAUCCACCCGGCGAGCUCCGCGGUCCAUGAAACCCGCGCGUCCGCAGCAGCGAACUUUGCGCAAUCGCCACGUGCUCCGGCAAGCAAUUGAUGCAGAAAAUCCAACCGCUUUAAACGCAACCGCCAUUGAUCCCUGUAAAUGCUACAUAUGUAAUAUCGUGCUGGAGUCGGAAGAAGACUGUCGGGCUCAUUUGGCCGUGCAUGUGGACAUGUUGCCGCAUGUUUGCCCCGAGUGUCGCACGCCGAAUGCGACGGAGGAGGAUGACGACGCGCCGAGCACCCCAAUCACCUCGCUGGCAAUGUUACAGCGCCACUACCGCAUGCACUCCUACCCACUGAAAUGUCCGCACUGUCCGCAACGGUUCCGGAAGCACACGUCCGUCUACACGCAUGUGCGCUAUCGGCACGAAAUGUUCGACAAUCCGGAGGGUUUCACGUGUGACGUGUGCGGCGUAACGAUGCAGUACCGUCCCUCCUUCAUGUACCACAUGCGCAUCCACUACCACGAACAGAUGGGCACGUUCCGGUGCCAGUACUGUGAUCGUGUGUUUGGAACACGGGCCCGGCUAGAGCGUCACGAACGGGCACACACGGGCGAGCGGCCGUUCGCUUGCCAUCUGUGCCCGAAAACGUUUGUGCACGCGGGCCAGCUGGCAACGCACAUCGCGCGGCACAAUAACGAGCGCGGCCACCGGUGCUCGCAGUGCGGCAAAGCGUUCUAUAGCAAAGCGAUGCUGCGGCAGCACCUGGAAACGCACGAAACGCACGAAACGCGCAAAGCGAGCAACGCGGCGAAAGUGAGCCAACGGCCCUGCGCGUAUGCGGGCUGUACGCACGUGGCGCGCACGUAUCAGGCGUACUACAUGCACCGGCUGCGGCACGAGAUGGCGCACCGGUGUGAGGAGUGUGGCCGCCGGUUUGCGCGAGCGUGCGAGCUGAGACGGCACCGGCGCAUCUAUCACUCCUCGGAACAUCCGUUCCGGUGUGAGCCGUGCGGCAAAACGUUCCUUAGCUCGCAGAGCUACCGCGAGCACAUGGACUCGCACGCCAAUGUGCGCCGGUUCGAGUGCGAAGUGUGCGACAAAAAGUUUGUGCGCCGGCGCAACCUGGUCAACCAUCGGAUGUCGCACACGAACCAGCGGCCGUACCGGUGCGAGUAUUGUGACAGUGCCACGUUCAAGUAUAAGAGCGACUUGAACCGGCACCGGAAGGACAAGCAUGGCCAGGCGGAGCACGGCGAGCAGACGUCGGUGUUGGCGCAAGAGGACGAAGACGAAGCGGACGGGGAAAAGAUUGUGCUGAUGAAUGCGGACGAUCCCAUUAUGGAUGUGAUACUGGAGGAAAGUGCUCCGCAGGGCAUUCUGAUCAACGAGAACAUUGAGCUGGACGGGACAUACGGGGAGGAAAUUGAGACGGUCGAAGAGUCGAUCGUCGUUGAGCAGCCGAUCGUUAGCAUCGGUAUCGAUGAGGUGACCAAGGAGGAGUACAUAAUAGAGUACAUAAACCAUGGUUAAUGUGUGGAAGAGAGCAAUUAAAUAAAACAACCAAAAAUGUGUAAACAUGGAAGAAA